AUGCGGGCGGGAGAUCCUCCGGUGGGAUUCCGCGACAUCCUGCUGCGCGAUGGUCCGGAGGGAUUCGCCAAAGCCGUGCGUGACCACCAGGGCCUCUUACUAAUGGACACCACCUUCAGAGAUGCCCACCAGUCCCUGCUGGCAACCAGAGUGCGCACCCACGACUUGAAGAGAAUCUCACCCUUUGUCAGUCAUAAUUUCAACAACCUUUUCAGCCUGGAGAACUGGGGAGGUGCCACCUUCGAUGUGGCGAUGCGCUUCCUGUCCGAGUGCCCGUGGAAGAGGCUGCAGGAGUUGAGGGCUUUGAUCCCAAAUGUUCCCUUCCAGAUGUUGCUGAGGGGAGCCAACGCUGUGGGCUACACCAACUACCCCGACAACGCCGUCUUCAAGUUCUGCGAGGUGGCAAAAGAGAACGGCAUGGAUGUCUUCCGGGUUUUCGAUUCCCUCAACUACCUGCCCAAUAUGCUGCUGGGCAUGGAAGCCGCCGGAUCGGCGGGAGGCGUGGUGGAGGCCGCCAUCUCGUACACGGGCGACGUGUCGGACCCCGCCAGACAGAAGUAUUCCCUCGGCUACUAUCUGGAGCUGGCGGAGGAGCUUGUCAAAGCCGGAACGCACAUCCUUUGCAUCAAGGAUAUGGCCGGCCUGCUGAAGCCCGAGUCCAGCAAGCUACUUAUCGGAGCCUUGAGGGACCGCUUCCCGCACGUGCCCAUCCACGUGCACACGCACGACACGGCCGGCGCCGGCGUGGCCGCCAUGCUGGCGUGCGCGGAGGCAGGAGCUGACGUUGUGGAUGUGGCGGUUGACUCGAUGGCUGGCAUGACGUCCCAACCCAGCAUGGGAGCGAUGGUCGCCUGCGCCAAAGGAACCAAGAUGGACACCGGUAUCGCUCUGGAGAAGGUGUUUGACUACAGCGAGUACUGGGAAGUGGCUCGAGGCCUCUACGCUCCGUUCGACUGCACGGCCACCAUGAAGUCCGGCAACGCCGACGUCUACGAGAACGAGAUACCCGGAGGACAGUACACCAACCUUCACUUCCAGGCGCACAGUAUGGGCCUGGGGAACAAGUUCAAGCAGGUGAAGAAGGCCUACACCGAAGCCAACAAGCUACUUGGAGACCUCAUUAAGGUGACACCGUCCUCCAAGAUUGUAGGGGACCUGGCUCAGUUCAUGGUCCAAAACAACCUGAGCCGCGCCGAGGUGGAGGAGAGGGCCGACGAGCUUUCCUUCCCUCUGUCCGUAGUGGAAUUUCUUCAGGGUUACGUUGGGAUACCGCACGGAGGAUUCCCGGAGCCCUUUCGAUCCAAGGUCCUCAAGUCGCUCCCUCGCAUAGAGGGCCGCCCCGGUGCCUCGCUGCCGCCGAUGGACUUCAAAUCCCUGGAGGAGGGUCUACGCGCGGCGCACGGCGAUGACAUCACCCCCGAAGACGUCAUGUCAGCAGCCAUGUAUCCCAAGGUGUUCCAGGAGUUCAAGGAAUUCACUGCUAACUUUGGGCCAGUGGACUGUCUCAGCACCAGACUCUUCCUGGAUGGACCAAAGAUCGCCGAGGAGUUUGAGGUGGAGCUAGAGAGGGGUAAGAUCCUGCACAUCAAGGCCCUCGCCCUGGGUGACCUGAACAAGGCCGGCCAGAGGGAAGUCUUCUUUGAGCUGAAUGGACAGCUGAGAUCUGUGCUGGUGAAAGACACGGUCGCCAUGAAGGAGAUGAAGUUCCAUCCCAAGGCCCAAAAGUCCAUCAAGGGUCAAGUGGGCGCGCCCAUGCCCGGAAAAGUAUUGGAGGUCAAAGUGGCAGUAGGCGACAAGGUGGAGAAAGGGCAGCCUCUGUGCGUCCUCUCCGCCAUGAAAAUGGAGACGGUGGUCAACUCGCCGCUGUCUGGCACCAUCAAGGCGGUGCACGUCGUCACCGACUCCACCCUGGAGGGCGACGACCUCAUCCUUGAGAUUGAGGAGUAGUGAGAAGCUCUUUUGGGUGGGGUGGGGGGGGAGCAGGGGAUAGGGGGAUUCUGUCUAGUUUGCUGCAAGUGAGGUGCGGGCUUUAUUUUUACAUACGCAUAGCCAGGAGGAUGUAGAGUAGAAACGCACAAUAAUAUAUACAAUGUAAAAUAGUAAUUAUUUAGAUGAGGACUAGUUUCGCCUGAGCUACAUUCCAUCACUCGUCUUAAAUUAAAACAGGCGCAACGCUACCUUGCAAUCAAAUGUUAUCAGCACACGGAUGAUUUGCAACGAUAAGACGGAGCGAGCAGGCGCCGCGUAAUGCCGUCGGCCCGACUCAUUCCUUUUCCGUCAUCUCAAAGUUCCGAGGCCAAGUGUUAAGGCUUUCUAAUCAUUAGGCUUUCGUGUCAAGUGCAUUCUGGGAAUGUGUGAUAGUGGUUGGGACCGUUUGUUUGGGCCAUAUUCCAGCUCGUCAUCACGGCAAAGGUCGCGUUACUGUAUCAGUAACAUCAGCGAGCGCUCGUUAAUCCGUAUCACGUCGGAGUAUAGACUUUACGUGGUGUAAACGAGACAAGGCCCCGAUGUGAGGCAGACUCGCUGUGUUGCCCCCCCCCCCCUCCAUGAAGCUCUGCUGAUUCAUUUCUUCGUUAAUACUCUGUCAAGUGAUGUGAAAUUAGCCGGACUAAUAAGAGACUCUGGAGACCCCCGGCAGCAGCGGCGCCGCACCGAUUCUUCUUGUGCCCUUGCAUACAUUAGCCUAAUUGUGUGUACGCAAGCAAAUUUCCAAGCGGCUCCCGCCAUGCUGCACCUCCAGAGGUUGAAAAAGUAAAACAGCUUCCAAACGAAAUGGCAUAUUGACAAACACGGAGGCAUUAAAGCGUGUGGAGGAAAUAACUAUGCACCAAUGAUAAAUUCAAACACCCAUGGCCCCGCCCCCUUUCCUCCCCUUCAGUGCCGCUUCCGCCACAAUCCCCCCUCGACAUCAUGCUAGUAUACGGUUGGCUGAACCGACCUGAACACUGGCUCCAUCCUCGCCAGGCUCUGCUCAUCAAAUACUUCUAACGUUACGCCAUCUACUGGUCAGUUACUGUGAUGUAUGUUUCUUUUUUUUAUCGCUAUAUAGUUAUAUCCAAGCAACCAAAAUGUUUACGCUUUCAUCAGCAAAAUAUUUUGCAAAAGUGUUAGUUUACAUUUACUGAAGGUGCCCAUGUGUAGCCUGUCCUAGAUUAGAAGCACAACUGAAACAACAAAAACACUAAAAUAAAAAAAAAAAUACAUAUCGAGAGCUCUAAUUGUAAUCGUUGUCUUUACCUACGAAUAAAAGUGAAUUAACGAAA